GCUGCUGCUCACUUGAAGCUGGAGCUGCUAGCAGCUGUACAAGGAAUGCUGAUGUUUGCUUGGAGUGUAUCUGUGAGGAGAGCAAGCCUUCCUGUCUGCAGUCCAGUCCAGCCUGUCCUGGGUGUUUUCAUUUCGUUUUGCUUUAAAGCCAGGGUAGACUUUUUGUUUUUCUAAUCUGUAUUGAGGAUUUCUUGGAUUCCUUUUUUUUUUUACUUUCACUUCACACAUCACAUGCUUCUUCGGAGUCUUGUGUUCACGCUUGAUCUCAGUUGUCGCAGAUGCUGUAUUUAUAAACAAUAAAGACAGAGUGUGUGCUUGAAAGGAUUUGGUGGAGAAGACCUUGCUUUGUGCUGCUAAUUUCGCCCCAUGAGCAGAGGCAUUCUUCUGGUUGAGAAAAUGACUCUUGUGCUUUGACGACCGCUGAAGGAUCAUGGGAUCAUCAACCCUGGGGAAAGCUGCUACUCUGGACAAGCUGUUAAACGCCUGCAUUGAGGCUUUUGAUGACAGCGGAGAAUUGAGCAACAGCCAGUUACCACGGACAGUGUUGUUAAUGCAUCGCUGGUACCUCACUUCAACCGAACUGGCUGGAAAACUCCUCCUAACGUAUCGGGACUGUGUUGACGAAGACUAUAAAAAGACAAGACUCAAAAUCUGCUACUUCAUAAGAUACUGGAUAGUGGAGUUCCCUGCUGAGUUCAACCUGGAUCUGGGAUUGAUUCGCAUGACUGAAGAGUUCAGAGAAGUGGCAGCACAGCUCGGCUAUGAUGAGCACAUCAAACUCAUUGACAUCUCAAGCAUCCCGUCGUAUGACUGGAUGAGGAGGGUGACUCAGAGGAAAAAACAGUCUAAAAAAGGCAAAGCAUCCCUGCUGUUUGAUCACCUGGAACCCAUGGAGCUAGCGGAGCACCUCACCUUCCUGGAGUAUAAGUCUUUCAGAAGGAUAUCGUUUAUAGAUUACCAAAGCUAUGUGAUCCAUGGCUGCCUGGUGGAUAACGCUACACUGGAACGGUCCAUCGCACUUUUUAAUGGGAUUUCCCAAUGGGUGCAGCUGAUGGUGCUCAGCAAACCUACUCCCCAGCACAGAGCAGAGGUCAUCACCAAAUUCAUCAAUGUGGCUCAGAAGCUGCUUCAGCUCCAGAAUUUCAAUACCUUGAUGGCGGUGGUGGGUGGGCUGAGCCACAGUUCCAUCUCACGCCUAAAAGAGACCCACUCACACCUCUCACCUGAAGUUACAAAGACAUGGAACGAAAUGACAGAGCUUGUCACCUCCAAUGGGAACUACAGCACCUACCGCAAGGCCUUUGCAGAUUGCGAAGGAUUUAAGAUUCCCAUUCUAGGUGUUCACUUGAAAGACUUGAUAGCCGUGCACGUGGUCUUCCCCGACUGGAUAGAUGAGCACGAAGUGAACAUUGUGAAAAUGCAGCAGCUCUACGUCACGUUUAAUGAGCUGGUGUCGCUGCAGAGCACCAAUGCACAAGUGGAGCCCAACAUGGACUUCAUCUACCUGCUGACACUUUCUUUAGAUCUGUAUUAUACUGAAGAUGAGAUUUAUGAACUGUCCUUACUUCGGGAGCCUCGCAAUCCUAAAUCCCUGCCUACCUCUCCAACGACCCCCAACAAACCUGUGGUCCCGCUGGACUGGGCAUCUGGAGUGGCCCCCAAACAAGAUCCCACCGUCAUAAACAAGCACAUCAGAAAAGUGGUGGAUUCUGUGUUUAGGAACUAUGACCACGACCAUGAUGGCUUCAUCUCUCAAGAGGAUUUUGAAAGCAUCGCUACCAACUUCCCUUUCUUGGAUUCGUUCUGUGUCCUGGACAAGGACCAGGAUGGUCUAAUUAGUAAAGAUGAAAUGAUGGCCUUCUUCGUGAGAGGCAACUCCCCGCUGCAAUAUAAAAUGGGACCCGGCUUUAUCCACAACUUUCAGGAGAUGACGUAUCUCAAGCCCACAUUCUGUGAGCAAUGUUCAGGAUUUCUCUGGGGCAUAAUCAAACAAGGAUACAAGUGUAAAGACUGUGGUGUGAACUGCCAUAAGCAAUGCAAGGAGCUGCUUGUGCUGGCCUGCAGAAAGCUGUCCAGAGGCACUUCCCUGGGGAGCACAUCCCCCUCCUCCUGCAGCCACGGCUCUCUGCCCAGCAGUCCCUCCCUACCACCGUGUGCUGUUCAAGAUGAGGUGUUUGAGUUCCCCGCCGUGACGGGCAAGAGGCAGGACCUGGACGGGCGGUCGAUCACUCUGAUGACGGGUUCGGCUCGGAAGAUCUCCGUGCGGCUCCAGAGAGCCACAGCCAGCCAGGCCACGCAGACGGAGCCGAUGUGGCACGGGCAAGGCUGGGGGGGCAGCAGCGACAGCGGCUCACACACCUUCCCCAAGAUGAGGUACAAGCUCCACUGCAAGAGCUCCAAGAGCAAGGGCUUUGCGUGCUGGGAGAACGCGGCCCCGCAGGCCAAGCCCCAGACGAAGGAGAAGGGCGUCACGGUCAGCAUGGCGGAGCAGAACGGAACGGACGUGCAGGAGGAGGUGAGACCAGAGCCCUCGGAGGAUAGCUGACUUACUGCCAUUAAGGAAUAAGGAAAGGACCCAUGGUAAUGACAAGCCAACUUUGACGGCUCUCUGGACUUGGUGGGAUAUGCUUGGUAACAAAGACCUUUGCCUUGUAGAACGGCAGUAGACCAGCCUCAUUCCCAUCACAGUGAUCUUGCCAAGGAGGGGGGAGGGCCACACAACGUAAAGAAGAAGUUUAUGCUAUGUCUUGGUGGAUGGGCAUAGUUUCACAGAUGAGGUGCAUUAGCUCGACAGCGGAGUUUUCACUCAAACAACUCUUAUGGAGUUCCAAUCUCAUUUCACUAGAUACGCUAGGAAAUAUUUCUCCACUGUAGACCAUAAACCCCUUUUUUCAUAUCCACACAUAUCCUCUUAUAAACCCACAGUUCUAUGCAGUAUGCAAUAUUCACAAAUGUACUGAAGAUAGGAGUAGACCAAUGGUUUUAAAUUCCCUUCAUUGGUUUACCGUUAAAACAAAGACGUUCCAAUUCAAAUGUGUAACAAGGAAACAAUUUUAGUGGUUUGACCAGGUUUUGAUGUUGACAUUGUAGGUUUCUAUUUUAUAAAGUGUUUUCAAUGGCAAGAGAUAUAAGAGGGGAAGUGAAAGAAGAGAAACGAUGAAAGACUGAGGAAAGUUAUGAAGCACAAAGUUCAGAGAAUUUAAAAACUGAAGUGUAGGUGAUGACACAGGUAUGUAUAUAAGAUGAUCAGAUGUAUGUAAGUAUUGGAAACCACAGAAGUAAUGACAUGAAAAUGGCAAGUGCUGUUGACAAAUAUUAUACUAAAAAACACUGCUCAUUCAUAUCACAGGAAAGGGUAGAAUUCAGUAUGGUCAUUCCAAUACAUUCUCAUUAUAAGACAAAAAUAGCUCAGUCUAUUCAACUACAGUAUUAUUAAAGUGGAGCACUAUAUACUGUUUGUAAGUCAAGCUCCAAGUAAUUUAAUAGUUUCUACUGAAUGGAGAACAGGUACUGUUUCUGUUGUAUUCCAGUGAGACAAUAUUCAAGUGAUGUGGAACAUGGAGAAACAAUUUGGUAGGGUUAGAUAAGGAUCUGCAGUCCCUACCAUAAUACAGCAAAUACGUAAACUUAUUUCUUUUAUAUUUUUUUCAGGGAUCGAAAUAUUAAACACUACAGCAUUACAAAUCAUCUCUAAAAUACUGUAUAUAUAAGACCACCAUGACAUGAUAUGCAAGCUUGAAUGUUUCCGGGAUGAUGCGGCAAUGGUAGCAGACAGGUGCCCUCAAGUAGCAAUUACUAUCCUUCAGAAUCGUAACAAAAUAUACCUGGUUACUCGAUUCAUCUAAACAAUGGAGGUAUUGAUUAGAUGCAAUUUCGCCACUUAGUGCCAAGAACUUUUGAAGGAGGGCUGAACGAGAGUUCUUCAAAGCCUUUUUGUUUUUCCAUUAAAUUUAUUUUACAAAGGUGGGGAGGAGACUCAGUACUGCGGCUGUUUAAAUCAAUUGAAUAAACUACGCAGCUCAAAGACACAGGAGGGCAGCAUUAGGGGUAUUCUUAGGUUUGACAGGACAGUUUGCUUCUAGACUGCUGGAUGUUAGCAAAAUUAAAUCCAUCUGCUUUUCUCUAAACGAGGAGGCUGCUACAUGAAGACACACAGAAGUGUACAGCUUGAGCCCCAGCACCCCUCACAGGCCACUUUCCAGUUUUGUUAUACCCUACCCCUACCAAUAAAACAGGGCAGAAAAGGCAUGUUUCGAUUGGCAAUGUAUUUAUGAAUCAUAUACAGAGAACUUGCUGAAAGGCCCACUAUAUUGGCCAUACUAGGGACUGGGAAGUGGCCCUCCUCAACUAGUGUCCUGUAUAAAUAAAUGUUUUAUAUUAAAACAGAACUAUCUGAGACUUGAAAAGGUGUUGCCUAUAACAUCAGGAUUCACCAUAGCUUGUGCUAAAAGGCUGUAUACACACUGUAAUACAUUAGUUGUGCAUUAGUGUGCCGAUAUAUGAAUUGCAAUUCUUCUCGUUUACAGGCAUGCUACUAUUUAGAUAACACUGUCCAAAAUAUUUUAUGGAAGUCAUCAUUUGCAGCAUAUUAAAAAUGGGUGUAUGCUGUCAGCAGCAAUGACCAAGAAGGAGUUUUUUUUGUUCUUGAUCCAAUUUCAAAUAAGUGUAACUUUUUUUAAACAGUGGUGUUGCUUUCAGUCCCAUUCCAGUUCAGCAGCUUGUUUAAUUGAGCCUGUUACUGCAGGUUAAAUGAAAUCAUUAAGGACCAGGGUGGACAACAUGGUUGGAACUGGACUGGAAUGGAAGAGCAGGUUUAAAGCAUCAAAAGUGGUCUGUGUGUUUAAAGUCCCUGCUGUAUAUAAAACACAUUCUGCAUUUGGGAUUCAAGGAUGCAGAAUUGCAGAGAGCAUCCGUCCGCCAGUCUGUAUUUUUACAUUUUUAUUUAGCUGGUCUACUUGAAAACUGACAUUUGUUACGUGUUUGUUUUGUUACAAUUUUCUUUUUGACAAAAAUUAUAAAUACAUGUAAAUGGUUAUUAAAGAGCGUAUGACAGUAGCACCUUUAAAAAAAAAACUUGCAUUAUUAGAGAUGUGUAAAUGAUGUAGGAAAAUCUACUUCUAGUUUUAUAGAUUUGUAAUUAACGUGCACGGAUCUGGGUCACUGGCUGUGCUGUUAAUGGUCAACCUUUCUAUUCUCUCUGAGGUGGAUGGACUCUGUAGUACAGAUGCUAAUAAUCUUACAUGAAGGGCAGAGAAAUAACCAAACACUCACAAGACUGCCUACUGAACUGAGGCACUGUCACAUUGUCCCACAUGAUCUCUGGAUUAAAGGUGUUGUAAUCAGCACUGUAAACCCAUUUCUUUCCUGUUCAUUGCACUAGCAGCAUUUCAUCACUGGGCAUUUACUUCCUUCUGCUGAAGAUCUUUUGUUGUUUGUUAAGUGUAAAUGCUAAUAAGUGAAUUACAAAGUCCUGUUUAUAGCUCCUUUACAUAGGAGGGCG